AUUUAUAGACUAACAGAAGUAUUUUAAAGUCUAUUAUCUGAGAUACAGGGAGCCAGUGUAAUGUCUUUAGAACCGGGGUUAUAUAUAAACCGUGUUCAGUCCACCCACCAGUGCCAGAUCGUCUCAAGUCAACCGGUGAGAAAUUUCCAGCCACUCUGAUUGCUUGCCUGUCUGUCUGUCUGUCUGCAUGUUGCCCGACCUGUCUCUGCCCUCUGUUUCCGAGCCUGCCUGACCCCAUUCUGAUUCUGCCUGCCCGCCUGAGAUUUGUUCAGUUCGGCCUUUGGACCUUGGAACCUGUCAACCCUGGAUUGCCCGCCUGUCCCUGACCCUGCCUGUCUGUGAGUACUGUAACCUGUCUAAUCCCUGUGAUUCUCUGAGCCUGUCAGUUACUGGGCCUGGACUGGACCUGGACCUGUCUUUUGGAUUGCCCCUCUGUACUGCCACUGGACCUUUUGCCUCUCUGUUACCGAACCCGGACCUCCCCUGGAUAAUGCCCCUGGAAAGGUCCACACUAUCUGUCUGCCUACCUGUCGGCCGCUCAACGGCUUCAGCCCUGUCAGCCUGCAGAUGGACCUCCGCUCCCGAACCAGCUCGCCUGUUACAAGUUGGCUCUCUGCACCCUGGUUCUCCUCUCAGUCUGAUGGUGUCACUUUAUUAUGCCAUCCCUAAGGAAAAGCAAAGUGACUGUCAGAAGUUUAAUCUCUCUGUGGAACUAAUCCCAGAAAAAUCAAGUGACAAUGUUAAGACAUAUAUGCUCAGGAUAGAUAUUUUGUAUAAGGACAAAAACAGUGAUGCAAAAAUUACGAUCUUGGACAUUGGCCUGCUAACUGGCUUCACUGUUGAAACAAAGGACCUGGACUUGGGUGCGUAGAGGUGUUCGCCAAGGCUGCGCCAUGUCUGGG